AUGACGACCAACCCGCGCGGCAUCGCCAAGGUCCUGUACGCCAAUGAGCAGCCCGAGGGCGCCGGCGCCGUGGUGCGGCGCUCCAUCGGCACGCCGCAGCUGCGCAACCUGUCGCCGUUCCUGAUGCUCGACCACGUCAACAUAUCCCCCGGGGCCGGCUUUCCAGACCACCCGCACCGGGGCAUGGAGACCAUCACGUACGUGCUCAAGGGGGCGAUCGACCACGAGGACUUUGCGGGCAACCGGGGCACCAUUGAGGAAGGGGACCUGCAGUUCAUGACGGCGGGCAAGGGCAUCGUGCACGCCGAGAUGCCGCGGGCCAACGCCGACGGGAGCCCCAACGCGGGCCUGCAGCUCUGGGUCGACCUGCCCAAGGAGCUCAAGAACUGCGACGCCCGCUACCGCGACCUGCGGGCCUCCGAGAUCCCCAAGGUCGAGCUGGACGACGGGAAAGUCCGGAUCAAGGUCAUCUCGGGCCAGGCCGGCGGCGUCGAGAGCCUCAAGGACCUCGCCUACACGCCCGUGUGGUGGCUCGACAUCUCGGUCGCUCCGGGGGGUAAGCUGGCCCAGCCGGUGCCCAAGGGGUGGAACACGUUUGCGUACGUCAUCUCCGGGUCCGCGUCGUUUGGCGAGGGCGUGCAGAAGAGGGAGGUCAAGCAGUUUCACAACGUCGUGUUUGAGCGGGAGGGCGACGUCGUCAACAUCGAGGUCCCCGCGGAGGCCAAGGAGGGCGUGCACCUGGUGCUCAUCGCGGGCCAGGUGCACGACCAGCCGAUCGUGCAGUAUGGCCCGUUUGUCGUGACGAGCCAGGCCGAGGUCCGCCAAGCGUUCUUCGACUACCAGACCCACAGCAAUGGGUUUGAGAGGGCCAAGAACUGGGCGAGCGAGAUUGGCAAGUCGAUGAUGGCUUGA